AUUAACUGUAGGGGUUUGUGUUCUGCUGUGGUGUUAGUCCGCUGUUGUGAAUGGUGAGAGACGUUAAUUCCACGGCGACUGAACGUUGAUCGCACGUUUUGAGAGUUUCUGCGGACCAAAGUGAAGCAGUCAUGCACCGGUUUUUACAACAGAGCAUCGGCGACGUCAAGUGACAGCGUCGAGCCGUAGCGGUCCGCGGUUGAAGCACCAACAAAGCCUUCCUUUUGAUAUAUCUGAAAAAACGGCUCAUUUUCGAUCAACGCCAACGGAAGCACUGCAGAAAACAUGUCAGACGACGACAAGGCCGAGCCAGCUUUUCCCGUGGAAGACACUGGAGAAGACUACGGCGCGGACCUCCCUCCUACAACAGCCAAUGAGUACUUGAGGAGAGUGCAAAUAGAAGCCAGCAACUGCCCCAAUGUUGUCGUGGCAAAAUUGGAUACCAGCAAGUUCCUGGUAAAGCAAACUGUACCAUUCAUUAAUUCUAAUGAUUGUCCGCCGCCUCCAGAGGGUUUCGCGCCUUCUCGUGGAUGGCAAAGGAAGCAGGUCUACAACUUCCAUCUUGCUAGAGAGAAGAUGAUCAAACGGAAAGCCCUUUUGAAGAGGAAUAAGGAAAAAUCUCCUGUGAAGCUGCCAAGGAUAUCAGAGAAGGACCGAUGGAAAGAUGUGCUCUGUGGCUCUGCUUCACCAAGUGUUCACCCUCUUGUCAGCGUUGUCACUACCAUCCCUCAGCAAACAAUUGAAGCAGUGAUCAGCUACAGCGCAGAAUGGAUUGAAGAGGAGGGAUUCUGUGCAAGCAUGGGAAAAUGGCUGUAUGCCCUACUCGCUUGUGCGGAAAAGCCACUGCACCCAGACAUGUGUUCCAACAUCCGUGCCUUGGCUCGCGCUUGUGCGUCGGCAAGGAGAAAACUGAGCUCCAAGGAUGAUCCCGACCUUUUACCUCUGAACCUGAUGAUAUGCCUCAUCGCUUGCUACUUCAACCAGACAGACUUGGCUGACAAGUGAUGAAACGGGAAGAACGGCUACAUCCAAGACAUUGACACUCUAGAAACAUUGUCAUUCAUCAUCUUUUAAUAUUUGUCGAAAAUAAAUAUACAUACAAAUGCUUUCGGCAUGUUAUUAAACAGUCGUAAUAAAAUGUUAAAAGUACAA